UACUGAAGAUUUGCUGGUUGUUUCUUUUCAUUGCAUUCGAACUCGUAAAACAAUAACAUAGUUGCUGCGUUUUUCAUAAAGAACUCAAAAAAGCAUCAAGCAGCUCGUUUCGGUAAUAGUUUUGCCAAAUUGUUUAUUAUAACGCAGGAAACUAGGAGGGAGAUAUCUUGAAACUAAAAUGAAAAAACUCAUCCUUCCGUGAAGAAGUGAUUUUUUUUCCACUCGAUCUCUUCGGUUUAUUUGUGAAGUUUUCUGUGGUAAAUCCGUUUCGGUAGGCUAAAAUUACACAAUGGAUAUUGUAGGAUUGGUCAAACGGUCUUAUUCCGAUUAUGGGACAAUCCUAAAGGACUCCUGGUAUACCAUAAUUGCAGAAGAAAUCAGGAACAACUAUGCCUGGUCUCUGAGCGUAUUGUUGUUGCUGAUAGCCGCAAUUGUUGGUCUUUAUUGUUGGAGACGAAUAUAUUUGAAAAAACUACGCGAUAAGGCGGCUCAAUUACUUUUCCAGAGUCAUGAUCCCUCGCAGUUGCGUUUCCGAAAGCGUGACAAAAUGCUGUUCUAUGGACGGCGCAUGUUGCGUAAGGUCAAGUCCAUUUCCGGCCAAGCGUAUAGUGGUCAGGGAAGAAAGCGGAAAGCUGUUAUGCGUUUCGCUAAGAGGCUACUUCACAUACGGCGCGAGAAUGAUCCGAUACAGUUGCAAGUGAUCGAGCCGCCUGCCGAGUAUCUGGAAGAAGCGACCGAAGGGAAUGAUAAGGUGCCUCCUGAUGCGUUAUAUAUGUUACAAAGUAUUCGAAUCUUUGGACACUUUGAGAAGCCAGUGUUUCUGAAGAUGUGCAAACAUACCGAAAUUAUUAACUUGAUUGCUGGUGAAUCUCUGAUCAAGGUAGGAGAUCCGGAUGAUAGUGUCUUUAUAGUUCAAUCCGGUCAAAUCAACGUUUUUCUUAACAAUCCGGACGGGAGUUCGAUCGCUCUCAAAGUAGUGCGCAAGGGCGAAUCAGUUACGUCGUUAUUAAGUUUCAUCGACGUUUUAGUUGGCAAUACUAGUCAAUACAAAACGGUUACGGCAAGAGCAAUGGAAAAUUCGCAAGUUAUUCGUUUGCCUAUGUUCGCUUUCAAAGAGGUUUUCGACGAAAGUCCAGAUUUGCUAGUGCGUGUGAUACAGGUGAUAAUGAUUCGUCUGCAGCGUGUGACAAUUACUGCGUUGCAUAAUUAUCUCGGCUUGAGCACUGAAUAUAUCCAGUGCUCAUCUCAGCGCAAGAAAGUGGCCGUUCCGAUGAAGAGCAGUCCUGGACAUCGUAGGGUACCGUCAGACAUCCAGGUGGCAUCCCACUCACUUGUUGGUCAUGCGGUCACCAAUGAAAAUAGGCCGGAUAUGCUAGCGGAUUUAUCGGAUCACGUAGGAAGUCGGCGAACGUCGGCACUUCCAAGCGAGCCUAUGGAGGAUACGGUCAUGAAAUCGAUAGCCAUUGAAGGUUUUCUCAAAGAACUAGGCCUGAAGGAUGAGGAUCGUCCGUUUAUCGAAGACAAUAUAGUACUGAAAGAGAUCGCACCGGGGACAACUCUGACGCACCAGGGAAGGAGCGAUGAUGUACUGCUCAUUUUUGUCAUAAGUGGAGGUUUGACAAUCGCACAAUAUCCUCUCGUAAAUGUUGGUUGCAACAAAAAGCUGGACAAAUCUGAAAAUCAUACCGUAACCAUACAUCCUGGUGAUGUUGUUGGUGGAUUGGCUGUUUUAACGGGAGAGAGUAGUUUGUACACCAUUAAGGCGAAGCACUACUCCCGCGUGAGUUUACUUAGCAAGGAGGUCAUCUACAACAUAAUGCGUGAACGCCCGGGUGUCGUGCUCGAUAUCGCUGACAGCGUGGUGAAGCGACUUUCGCCGCUAGUGCGCCAGUGUGAUUUCGCGUUGGACUGGAAUUUCCUCGAAUCUGGAAGGGCAGUUUAUCGACAGGACGAAAACAGUGACUGCACCUAUAUUGUGUUGAAUGGUCGACUUCGGUCGGUCAUCACUCACCCCAAUGGGAAGAAGGAAAUUGUGGGAGAAUACGGCAAGGGAGACUUAAUAGGCAUUGUGGAAAUGAUAACCGAGACGCCUCGUACAACAACUGUGAUGGCUGUCCGUGAUUCAGAGCUUGCCAAACUACCGGAAGGACUUUUCAAUGCAAUUAAAUUCAAAUAUCCAAUAGUAGUGACACAGUUGAUAAGCUUGCUGAGCCAUAGAAUUUUAGGAUCGAUGCAGUCUCAAUCAAUCACCGGGAGUUCGCUGAGUUCCGUCCCGUUUGAUACGAACCAACAGAUUCAGCAUCGAUACUGCACGGUGGCCAUCGUUGCGACAAGCGAAGAUGUCCCACUGACUUCGUUCACGUACGAAUUGUACCAUUCGUUGUGUGCUAUCGGUUCCACACUGAGACUCACAUCGGAGGUGGUACGCAAAACGCUUGGGCCACAAAUCAUGGAUCAAUCGAACGAAUAUCGUUUGACUAGUUGGCUUGGUCAACAGGAAGAUCGUCACAAUAUAGCUCUAUAUCAGUGUGAUUCAACGCUUGGGACGUGGACUCAGCGCUGCCUGAGACAAGCUGAUGUAAUACUCAUAGUUGGUUUAGGUGAUCGAGCUCCUACAAUAGGGAGGAUUGAAAAAGAGAUCGACAGACUGGCGAUAAGAACUGCGAAGGAGCUGGUACUGCUGCACCAUGAGGGUGCCGCUAGGCCAACCAACACCACUAGUUGGUUGAACAUGCGAGCUUGGGUGUCGCGGCAUCAUCAUAUCCAAUGUCCGAAGCGUAUGUUCACUAGGAGGAGCCAAUAUCGAAUCAAUGAUUUAUACAGCAAAGUGUUGAUGUCUGAGCCGAACAUUCAUUCCGACUUUUCUCGGCUAGCUCGCUGGUUGACUGGCAAUUCUGUUGGGUUGGUUUUGGGAGGAGGUGGAGCCCGUGGGGCAGCUCAUGUAGGUAUGCUGAAGGCAAUCCAAGAAUCGGGAAUACCCAUAGAUAUGGUUGGAGGGGUUAGUAUUGGCGCUUUCAUGGGCGCAUUGUGGUGUUCGGAGAAAAAUAUUACCACCGUAACGCAAAAGGCUCGUGAGUGGUGCAAAAAAAUGACUCGAUGGGUCAUCCAGUUAGCGGAUCUGACUUAUCCUAUCACAUCGAUGUUCUCCGGCAGAGGCUUCAAUCAAACGAUUCGCGGGACUUUCGGUGAUGUGUGCAUCGAAGAUCUUUGGAUACCAUAUUUUACACUAACCACGGACAUCUCUGCCAGUUGUGCACGAACGCAUACUCACGGAACACUGUGGCGCUAUGUUCGUGCUAGUAUGUCCGUAGCAGGUAUAUUCCCUCCUAUCUGUGAUAAUAGAGAUGGUCAUCUACUGUUAGAUGGUUGUUACACAAAUAACGUUCCAGCCGACGUGAUGCGCGCCCAAGGUGCUUCUCACAUAAUCGCAAUCGACGUCGGUUCACAGGAUGAUACUGACCUAACGGAUUACGGAGAUGACCUCUCCGGUUGGUGGUUGCUGUACAAGCGAUGGAAUCCAUUCACAUCGCCCGUCAAAGUGCCCAAUCUGCCUGAUAUACAAUCCCGCCUGGCGUAUGUCUCUUGUGUACGACAACUAGAGGAGGUGAAAAAGAGCGAUUACUGUGAGUACAUCCGACCUCCAAUCGAUCGGUACAAGACGUUGGCUUUCGGAAGCUUUGACGAAAUCAAAAAUGUAGGCUACGAGCACGGAAAAAGCUUCUUCGAAAACAUGGCUAAGAAUGGCCGCCUAUCUCGCUUUAACCAAUGGAGCGUGAAGGAUGUUCCACAGAAAGUGACGCAUUCGCUAAACGAAUAUACAUUCAUCGAUUUAGCACAAAUCGUUUGCAAGGUUCCUGAAACGUAUCCCGAGCGUGUAUAUUCUUCGAGCGAGGACGAUUACUACGAUGGAUACGCUUCGGAGCCUUCCACCAUACCAAUGAAUAAAGGCGUAUCGUUGAGAAAUAUGCGAGCCGCAGGAUCUUUGUCCUUGUCUGAAAAUGAAAUGGACUCGGAUGAACUGGAGAUUCCGGUGGCGUUUAAGAAAUUACAGGGUAACGCAACCUCCGAUAGAAAUGCUAGCGUACCGUUGACGCCAGAAAAAGCAUCUCACAGCGAUUAGUGAUGCAAUCACUCCCAAUCUCUACCUAAAUAGUCCAAUAUCAAUCAAUGAAUCUACCGCUGUACAUAUUGUUCGCUAUGCCAAAUGCCUCGGAUCAAGACAAAAUUAGGAAAAACAGGCUGUAGAUUGAAUUGUUUAUUUAAUUUUUGUGAUCAGUUUAUACUAUUAUGUCAAUAAAUUAGACAUUUUCAAAAUAAUACUCUCA